AUGAGAAGUACAUCAAUGUCUCAAGUCCACACUAACCAGGUGGGCGCGAGAGAAGAGGGUGGUGCCCAGAGUGGCUCUAUCACUGAUUCAUCAAGGAAUUCUUCGAGCUUGCUUACUAGUGAGCUCAUCCAGACUGGUAUCGUAGAUAUCCAAUUAAUGGAGCCAUUGCUUCAAUACUACGUCCAAAAUUUUCAUCCAUAUCUGCCAAUUGUGCCCAGUCAUCUUUCUUCUUUGGAUAAUAUCACGCAAUCGUGGGCAAAGGAGACGUUUCUUUUAACCGCUGUGUUGACCAUCGCAACGAAGGACCGAGUAGGCCUGGAAGGCUUGCAUACAAGAAUAUCACAGUACAUGGAAAGGCUGCUGCUACGAGUUGUGUUGGGUGCUGCGAGUGUUCGGCAUGUUGGCUCGGUAGAAGGACUGCUACUCCUCGCUGAGUGGGUUCCACAUAUCAGUGCCGAGGAAUGCGCGAGGGAUGCUGCAGCCAACAACGGUCCAUCACCCCAAGUCCAAGUGGCGGCAGAGGAUAGUGUGUCAUGGAAUCUCAUUGGUCUGGCGGUCCGACAAGCUUAUUUGUUACAUCUUGAAAGAUACUCGUUCCGAGGCGAAUCGAAGGAUGAGGAUAAGUUGGAUUAUCAUCGUAAUAGAUUGGCAUGGAUCUGUACGAACAAUCUUCGCAUUCCAUUCGUCGAGCUAACAUACCUAGUCACGUACCUUGCAGACCGUCAGAUUUCUAUACAAAUGGGACAGGCAUUCUGGUGUCGCGGACCUGGCUUAUCCACUCGGUUCACAAUCGACGACUACCCCUAUUUACAACCUCAAAAGGCGAAUGGGGUCGAUUAUGCGAGUUUUGUCCAGGCUCAAGUGGAGCUAACCACUAUUUUUGGGAAUAUCCAUGAUAUUCUGUACGCGUCCAAAACGCGCACAGUCCAGCUUAUGCUCAUGGGUGACUACACCAAGUAUCUGGACGAUAGCUCCAAGGCACUGGCCAUGUGGAAGGAAGCCUGGGCCAAUGUCGAUCUACCUCCUCACCUAAGUGGUCUCCUAUGUCUUCAGUUCGAGUACCUGCGUCUUUAUAUCAACGCGUUCGCUUUCCAGGCGGUUCUUUAUCGAACGCCCAAAAGUUCUGCUGGAUGCGAUAGCGGGAAGAGCUCGUACUUUCCAUACAGCAUCAUGGCGAGUGCCGAUGGUAGACACAUAUAUAUUGCUAUCGAUGCAGCCAAAAGCGUGCUCAAGCAUCUUAUGGAACGGUUGAACCCCACAAAGCACCUCCGGUAUACUCCUGUCCGAUUUUACCUAUACGAAAUACAUGCGUCGGUGUUCCUCUUCAAAGCGUUGACUGUUGGGGCUUUGAGCUCCGAGGAACAACAGACCUGCACCAUGCUAGUACGCCAUUUCAUCUCCAUGCUCAAAAGUGCAGCUACCAGCCCAUCACACAUCGCCUCCAGAUACGGCAAGUUGCUCACAAGUCUGUGGUUCCAGGGACAAACCACCCCCGAGACAGCAGACGACUUUGUUGAAUCGAGGCACUCAACACAGAACCCGCUCCCGAGUCCCAUAGACCUCGACGAAUUCACAAACCCGUCCAUGAUAGGCAGUACGAACCCUUUCCAGGAUGGCUUCCCUACUCAACAGGUAUUAUCGUUCCUCGAGCCAACUGAAGCUUUGGAAUGCCCGGACGCCUUUCUGUCUAGCCUUCCGUUUCUUCGCGGUGGGUUUCCUGACUUAGAUUACCAUGGUGCGGGGCAGCUUUUGAUGGAUUUGUAA